CCCUUCUCCCCAAACCUCCAUUUCCACCCCUUAUUUCCUCCCCCAUCCCCUUAUCUGAACCCCCAUCCAAUCCGUACCCCUCUCGCCUAUCUUCCGUCCAACCGAAAUCGAUGGGUUUCGAGGGCACCAAGAACAGCGGGGCGUGCUCGUCCUCCCAUAGCCUGGUGGACCCGACGAGCCCUUUCCUCCCGCCGCACCCCCCCGCCGCCCCCCUCUCCUCCCAGCCCAAAACCUUCGCGAACGUCUUCAUCGCGAUCGUCGGCGCCGGCGUCCUCGGCCUCCCCUACACCUUCAUGCGCACCGGCUGGGCCGCCGGCGCCGCCCUCCUCGCCGCCGUCGCCGUCCUCACCGUCCACUGCAUGCUCCUCCUCGUCCGCACCCGUCGCCGCCUCGACCUCGACCGUGACUUCUCCAAGAUUGCCUCCUUCGGCGACCUCGGCCUCGCCGUCGCCGGCCCCUCCGGCCGCGCCGCCGUCGACGCCAUGAUCGUCCUCAGCCAGACCGGCUUCUGCGUCGGCUACCUCAUCUUCAUCUCAAACACCCUCGCCCACCUCCUCCAAAUCUCCUCCAAUCUCUCCCCUUUCCUCGCCCCUAAAGCCCUCUGCAUCUGGGCCAUGCUCCCCUUCCAAUUAGGCCUCAACUCCAUCAAAUCCCUAACCCUCCUCGCCCCUCUGAGCAUCUUCGCCGACGUCGUCGACCUCGGCGCCAUGGGCGUCGUCCUGGGGGAAGACGUCGUCGCUUUCCUCGCCCACCGCCCACCCCUCCGCGCCGUCGCCGGCCCCUCCGUCCUCCUCUACGGCGCCGGGGUUGCCAUCUACGCCUUCGAGGGCAUCGGCAUGGUCCUUCCCCUGGAGGCCGAGGCUGCCGACAAAUCCAAAUUCGGCAAGACCCUGGGGCUUUCCAUGUUCUUGAUCGCCCUCCUCUACGGCCUCUUCGGCGUGUUCGGCUACUUGGCCUUCGGCGACGACACCCGCGACAUCAUCACCACCAACAUGGGCACCGGCGUGGUCACCGUCCUGGUCCAAUUGGGGCUCUGCAUCAACCUCUUCUUUACGUUUCCAGUGAUGAUGCACCCAGUGUACGAGGUGGUGGAGAGGUGGUUUUGCGGGAAGAGGUACUGCGCCUGGUUGCGGUGGUUGCUGGUGGUGGCGGUGAGCUUGGUGGCGAUGCUGGUGCCCAACUUCGCCGACUUCCUCUCGCUGGUGGGGAGCAGCGUCUGCGUCGUGCUGGGGUUCGUGCUGCCGGCGGCCUUCCAUCUGAAAGUGUUCGGAUUGGAGCUGGGGUGGGGCGGGGUGGCCGCCGACACGGCGAUCGUGGCGCUGGGCAUCGCGCUGGCGGUGUCCGGAACCGUAUCAUCGCUCACCGGGAUCUUCUACUCGGUGCAAAAAUAAUUAUAUCAUUCUUACUAUAUUUGUGCUAUAAUUAUAAAAAAAUUUUGGUACAAAGGAAACUUUUUUUUGACCGAAAGCAUCAAAGGAAAAGAAUCUUCGCA